CGGGCGGGCUGUGCCGGGAGUCGCCGCCGAGUCCGCCUGCGCCUUGGCCGCGCGCCCCCCGCGACCAUGGGCGCCCACCCGCGCCGAGCCGGGGUCGCGGGGCUCCCGCUGCUGCUGCCGUUGCUGGUGCUGCCGCCAGUGGCCGUGGCCUCCGAGGCUGAGCACCGUCUGUUUGAGCGGCUGUUCGAGGAUUACAACGAGAUCAUCCGGCCUGUGGCCAACGUGUCGGACCCAGUCAUCAUCCAGUUUGAAGUGUCCAUGUCUCAGCUGGUGAAGGUGGACGAAGUCAAUCAGAUCAUGGAGACCAACCUGUGGCUCAAGCAAAUCUGGAAUGACUACAAGCUGAAGUGGAACCCCUCUGACUACGAUGGGGCAGAGUUCAUGCGCGUCCCCGCGCAGAAGAUCUGGAAGCCAGACAUCGUGCUGUACAACAAUGCUGUCGGGGACUUCCAGGUGGACGACAAGACCAAAGCUUUACUCAAGUACACAGGGGAAGUGACUUGGAUCCCGCCAGCCAUCUUCAAGAGCUCGUGCAAAAUCGACGUGACCUACUUUCCGUUCGAUUACCAGAACUGCACCAUGAAGUUCGGGUCCUGGUCCUACGACAAGGCAAAAAUUGACUUGGUCCUCAUCGGCUCCUCCAUGAACCUCAAGGACUACUGGGAGAGCGGUGAGUGGGCCAUCAUCAAAGCCCCCGGCUACAAGCACGACAUCAAGUACAACUGCUGUGAGGAGAUUUACCCUGACAUCACGUACUCGCUCUACAUCCGGCGCCUGCCGCUCUUCUACACCAUCAACCUCAUCAUCCCCUGCCUGCUCAUCUCCUUCCUCACGGUGCUGGUCUUCUACCUGCCCUCAGACUGCGGCGAGAAGGUGACGCUCUGCAUUUCGGUGCUCCUCUCCCUGACCGUGUUUCUCCUGGUCAUCACCGAGACCAUCCCCUCCACCUCGCUGGUGAUUCCGCUCAUCGGCGAGUACUUGCUCUUCACCAUGAUCUUCGUCACGCUGUCCAUUGUCAUCACGGUCUUCGUGCUCAACGUGCACUACAGAACGCCGACCACGCACACCAUGCCCACGUGGGUGAAGACCAUCUUCCUGCACCUGCUUCCCAGGGUGAUGUUUAUGACCCGGCCAGCAGGCAGCGAGGGCCCCACCCAGAGGCCGAGGCCCUCAUACAAUGCAGAGCUCUCCAAUCUCAACUGCUUCAGCCGCAUGGAGCCAAGAGGCUGCAAGGAAGGCUGUCCCUGCCAGGAUGGGACGUGCGGCCAGUGUCACCACCACAGGAUGAAAAUUUCAAAUUUCAGUGCCAACCUCCCGAGAAGCUCCAGCUCAGAAUCCAUCCAGGCCGUGCUGGCCCUCUCUGCGAUGUCACCGGAAGUCAGAGAAGCCAUCCAGAGCGUCAGGUAUAUUGCCGAAAAUAUGAAAGCGCAAAACGAAGCCAAAGAGAUUCAGGAUGAUUGGAAGUACGUCGCCAUGGUCAUCGAUCGCAUUUUCCUGUGGGUUUUCAUCCUGGUGUGCAUUCUGGGGACGGCGGGAUUGUUUCUGCAGCCUCUGCUGGCGAGAGACGAGCAGUGA